GUCCAGUUCCCUUAACCUAUCCCUGGUUCCCUUUCUGAGAUACUGAUCUGGAUCCAGCUCUGAUUCCACUAAAUGUUUGUCCAUGUCAAUAUUUACUGUGUUAGUGCUUCCAGGACCCACGUAAGAGAAUUGUUCCGACUGAAGACGUUGUGCAACAUUGAACGAUGAUGAUAACAUCGCUGGGACUUGCCCUUCUGCUGCAAGCAGCCUGUUUCCUGUCUCUCGAGGCGGUGAAUCUCCCCCAGAUUGUGGUGUAUUUCCUCCCGUCCCGAGCGGAGCGGCAGCAUGUGCGGGGCCUGGUUGGAGCAGAUGAUCACUGCUUCCCGUUCGUUGACCCUUGGCAAGGUUGUGUGGAGCACAAGGUCCCCCUGCAGGAGAUGGAGUCUGUUGCCUCCUCGCUGACCGCAUUUGGCCUGGAGGCUUUCCAUAUCAUCGCCAGUUACAACCAAGACUCCAACGUUCUCAUCUCGCCCGUCAGCCUGGCAGCUGCUCUCACCCACCUGCUACUCGGAGCCCGAAACGACACGAAACGUGAUCUCGAAGCGGCUCUGCACUAUCAUCAUGAGGUCAGAUGUGUCCACCAGGCCCUGAAGGAGGUGCUGAACCGUUCGCCCUCUUUGAUAAGCGCCUCCCAGCUGUUUUACAGAGACGACAUAGAGCUGAAGAACACGUUCAGGCAGCACUCGGAGCGUCUGUAUGGUGUGGGGCCGAUGCCGCUGUCCAGGAACAUGAGUGAGAACGUGAGGGACAUCAACUCGUGGAUCAGCCAACACACCGGUGGCAAGAUUACUGAGAUGGUCCACGAUAUCACCGCAGAUACCAAGCUGAUGCUGCUCAACGCUGUCUUCUACAAAGGCACCUGGAAAACCAAAUUUAGGAAAGAAGACACAAAGGAAGAAAUCUUCUCAGUGUCAGCAGAGAAAAAGGUGACGGUCCCAAUGCUCCAUCAAGCCACUUACCCACUGGUGGCCAUUUUUCACCCAGAGCUAAACGCCAAGAUCGCCAAGUUCCAGCUGUUUGGGAAGAGCAGCCUCAUUGUGAUGGUGCCCGCGGACACCAGCCAGACGGUGCUGCAGUUUGAACAGGCCCUAACCCUUCGCAAACUGCAGGCCGCCAUCGCCAGGCUCCAGCAGGCCGAGCUCAAGCCCACCAGUGUCCUACUGCCCAAACUCAAGCUGAAAUUCAACCAGGAUCUCAUUCACCCUUUCAAUGACAUGGGGCUACAGGAUGUCCUAGUGAUGCCCAACCUGUGCGGCAUGAGCUCCAACCUGCUGGAGAUCUCCGGGGCCGAACACCGGGCGGCGCUCACCAUGGAUGAGGACGGCGUGGAAGCGGCCGCCGUCACCACGCUGUCAGUGGCACGCAGCGUGCUCAUGUUUGAGGUCCAGCAGCCCUUCCUCUUCUUCCUGUGGCACGAUGACCUGGGCUUCCCGCUCUUCAUAGGCCGUGUCCUGGACCCCUCACAGUGAGAGAGUCAAAGAGAGACAGAGAUGAAUCGGAUACCACCCCCCUACCACUCCCUGACCCUGCCGCAACCCCCCCCCUCCCUAACUUUUGCAGCGCGGUGGCCACUCUGCCCAUCGGACACGAUCCUAUCUUCACCUUCCACUGGUCGAGUCGCGCCUCCCAGCCCCGAGGAGGAUCAAUCCCAGCUUUUCCCCUCCCCACCAACCACCGCCCCCCCCCACCCCCCAACAAAGCCCCACCUCCAUUCCACCAGCACCACCCCUACCCCCCCCCUCAAUCUCACCCCCCUCCUCUGGAGUCUUCCUGUGCUCCGAGCAUUCCUCUUCAACGUCUCUCCGCCACCGCGAAUGUGAAUCUCUAGUGAUCACUGUGUUUUUGGUGCCUGUUUCUCCCUGCCUUUAACCCCCACCCCCCGCCAACCCAAUCCCCCUCCCCCUGCACCUCGUCUCAGUGGGUGUGGAAUAAAAGGAAUGUGGAUCAAA